AUGACUUCACCAAUGCAACCAUAUCCUCACCAUAUGUCCCAUCAUAUACAACAUCAACAACAAUCUCAUCAUUCUCAACUUCAACAACAACAAAUGCAAUCUCAUGCCAAUAGACAACCCAUUUUACUUAGUGCAUUACAAUGGGAACAAAUACAAAAAAUAAGUUAUAUAAUCCAUGAGUUUGCUACAGAGGCCUACACCAAUAUAUCCACCAACCUCGAUGACCUUUGCAAUAUGACCACAGUAUUGAAUCAAUUAAUAUCCGAUAUCAACACUGAUUCUCAUACAAAAUAUCUACAACAACAACAACAUUAUAAUAUGGAGAUUGAUAAGAACAAGAUGUAUUAUGAUGGUGGUAGUGUUGGAGUUUCGAUGAUUUCAAUACCCUCUCACUCUCUUGGUGCAAAUGCACCUGGAAUGGCUCCACAACAACAACAACAACAACAACAACAACAUGGAAGCUCUUUAAAUAUAAAAACCGAUCCAUCUUUGACCUAUGUCGGAAAUGGAAGCUCGUCAACAUCUUCAUCACCCAUGGCAAACACUCAAACCAAGGCAGCUGCCAUCGCAGCGAGCAGUAGCAAUGGCGCCGGUGGUAGUAGCACUGCUGGCAGUGGCUCUAGUGGUGCCACACCCGUCUCCAAUAUUGAUUCACAAAAGAACUUUAACGGAGAGAUCUAUUUUGACGAUCCUUUGAUCGACAAGCCUAGAAGAAGAAGAAGAACCGUCUACUCUGCCAAGCGUAAUCUCAAGUGUCAGCAUUGCAACGUCACAGAGACACCCGAGUGGAGAAGAGGGCCCAAUGGAGACCAUACACUCUGUAAUGCUUGUGGUUUGCAUUAUGCAAAGACUCUUAAAAAGCAAAACAAGGAAAAGGAAAGAAUAGAAAAGGAAAAGGCUGCAAAGGCUGCUGCAGAAGGUACCGAUCAAAAGGAUAAUAACAACAACAACAACAAUAAUGCAUCUCCACCAUCAACUGCAACCACUCCAACACCACCAACCAAUGUUUUGAAAUCACCUACUUCAAGUAACUCUUCGUCACCUCAAACCUCCAACUCUUUGGUCAUUCCUAAAAAAGAUGUUAAAAUGAGUGACAUUUCUGAACAAUCUAUUAAUAUCAAUCUGGCAGCAUCAUCUCCGCCACCAAUCAUCAUCAACAAGAAACAUAGUAUCGAUUUUGUCAUGGACAACCCAUUUACUCAAUCAUUAUCUUCAUCUUCGGGUGGUAAUCAAGUUCCCAUUCAACCAAUUCCACAAGUUCAACAACAACAACAACAACCACAACAACCAUCUUAUAUGGAUCAUCAACAAAUACACUACUAA